CCUCCCACUAACGCUUUUUCAAAUUUGUGAGGGAAAGUGAGUCCGUGCGGAGCGCGAGCGCGUCCCACAAUGCACUCGCCGCUCAGCGGGAAACCAAAAUGGCGAGAGCAAGUGAGCCAAACCAGCCGUUUACCAUAGUGUAAAACGUUUAAUACGUUAGUUUAAUCUCGGGCAAUCAGCACCACCUCGAUUUACAGCGGUGCUCCUGCUGACCGUUUAUGGUGUAGCUCUUUGUGUUUGUGAGGCAUUGUAACCCGGGAAAGUGGCCGAAUGAGAGACUCAGCAAGUGCAGAUAACCUGGCCGCCCAUCAAAAGUCAACUCCAAAUCGCCAACACAAGUCACCGGUGCCCUUGUCACAAUUUUCCCCGAAAGAUGGGCUGACUGACACGGCCAAACUCGCCAGCAAGUUUGAAGAAGGCCAGGACGUCCUGGCCCGAUGGUCAGAUGGCCUCUUUUACCUGGGAACUAUCUCCAAGAUAGAUAAACAUAAGCACCGCUGCUUUGUGAUUUUUGAAGAUCAGUCUAAAUCCUGGGUUCUGUGGAAGGACAUUCAGACAGGAGACAGUGGAGGGGAAAUGCUCUGCUCUAUUUGCCAGAAUGAAAGCUCCGAGCCCCCCAAUGAAAUAGUCAUCUGUGACAAAUGUGGACAAGGAUACCAUCAGCUAUGCCACGCUCCCAUAAUCGACCCCAGUGUCAUUGCCUCUGAUGACAAAUGGCUGUGCAGACAGUGCGUGUUUGCUACAACAACGAAGAGAGGCGGUGCACUGAAGAAAGGGCCAAAUGCCAAAGCCCUACAGGAAAUGAAGCAGUCUCUGCCAUACACCCUUGAGGAUUUAGUGUGGGACCAGGGCCACAAGACCAACAUCCAGCAGUGCUACUGCUACUGUGGAGGACCUGGCGACUGGUAUCUGAAGAUGCUGCAGUGUAAUAAGUGUAAACAGUGGUUUCAUGAAGCCUGUAUCCAGUGUUUUCAGAAGCCCAUGCUCUUUGGAGACAGGUUCUAUCUAUUUAUUUGUUCCGUUUGUAAUAGUGGACCAGAGUACCUCAAACGUUUGCCUCUGAGAUGGGAAGAUGUUGCACAUCUGAGCCUCUAUAACCUAAGUGUAAUUCAUAAAAAGAAAUACUUUGACUCCGAGCUUGAACUGAUGACUUACAUCAAUGAAAACUGGGACAGGCUUCAGCUUGGCGAGCUUGCAGAUACUCCAAGAGCAGAACGAUAUGAAUGCAUUCUGGAAGCACUUAACAGCAACCUCAACAUGUUCAUGUCAGGGAAAGAGAUAAAAAAGAAGAAACACCUGUUUGGAUUACGAAUUCGCUUCCCACCAGCCCCCCAGAGUUCUGAGCUCCUGUCAGGUCGAGAGCCGGAAAAAGCCUCCCAUGAGAUCAAAAUCAAAGGCAGGAAGGCCACCAAACCCCCUCAUUCAUCCAGCACUGUCACCAAUGGAAUGAAGAAAGGAAAAAGGAAGCAUCACACACACUCCUUAGAGACGUUGGCCAAACUGAGAAGAUCAAGUGAACUUCUGGCACAGAAUGAUGGGAAGUUUCCAACUCUAGAAAAUAGCUCAUUGGACCUGAUGGCUUCAAAAAGUGCUAAAAGUGAAAAAUCUUUGGUUUCAUCAAGUACCUCAGAUGUUGAAUCCGUUGAUGCCACCAGCACCAGUGAAACUACCUCAACCACCCUCUCAAGGCAGUCCAGUUUGGGCAGUCCGAGUGGACCACGCACUGGAUGUUUAUGGCCAACCGUCAAGCAGCCGCCGAUUAAGAGACGUCGGGGACGUCCACGACGAGCACUGCAGCCCCCAAAUCCAGAGAUUCCUCCACCCUGCAACUCAGAGCUGCAACCCAGCAACAACGUCCCUGAGCCCAGCCCCCUACCCUCCUGCCUCUACAGCGGCAUGGACAUCAUGGACCCCAACACCCAGCUCAACCAUCUCAAGAGUUCCAUCAGCACUUACUUCGGAGCUGCAGGACGCCUGGCCUGUGGGGAGAAGUACCGUGUGCUCGCUCGCCGUGUCACUAACGAUGGCAAAGUACAGUACUUGGUGGAAUGGGAGGGCGUCACUGCCUCCUGAGCUUCAUAUGGGUCUAAUGAAGUACAUUAUUUACUUCAUUUCUUGACAAUAAAUAUGUAACCUGUAAGGACAGAAGAGCAGUGAUCGUGCCCAAAUGUAUGUGGUUGACUGAGAUAGUCGAGGGGCCUCAGGACUAUAAUGAAAAGAUGGGACUUUGUAGAGUUUUGUGUAUGUGACCUGUCUCUGUUGAAAUUGAAACAGACUGCCUUCACAUGGACUGGAUUUACACAUUGAAGGUGCCUGUAGUUUCAGGUUGAAGACCUAAUCAGUUCACUACUAUGUGAAAAUAACCCAAGUCCUUGCUUUUUGUCCCUGAUGUGGAGGUGCCUUAAAAGGGUUUGUGAAACGGAUGCUAUAUAUGCUGCUGGAGAGAGAGUUUUUUUUUUUCUCCUUAUUCAGUUAAAUAUUUUCUCAUAGCUCGAUUUGCCAAGAGGAGAGAGCGGUAUUGUCAUUAGGGCACUUUUAUUUACAUUUCAACUGAUUGCACAUAAGCUCUCAUCCUGUACAUCCAGUAUUGUGUCAUUUCAGUUUAAACAGCCUAGUUUUUGAAUUUCAUUAUAAAAUGAGAUUAUGAUGUUAAAAAAAAAAAAGGAAAAUGGUUUA